UGAUCACCUCGGGUGGCAUCGGCCCGGUCGCGUUCCUUGAGACGUCAUGCCAUCUUGGCUCUUCGUUUCUCUCGUCUUCCUCGUCUUCCUGUCGAUCGGGGGCUUGCGUGGAGAAGAGCAAGAGCAAGAUCAGGGGCAUCUGACGGACGAGGAGAUCUACAACGCAACGGAGGAGAUUUCGGUGAAGCAGGAACCGGGGGACGAGACUCUCCUCGCCGCCGUCCUCUCCAGCAUGGCUCAAUGGAAGUGGAUGCAAUGGACCAAGAAGAACAAUCCUCAUGCCAGACGAAAGCGGGACGAGGAAGUGGUGUGUUACCAGGAACUGGGCUGUUUCCGUGACGAGGGUCCAUUCGAUUAUUUAGACCUCCUUCCAGCCCCUCCUGACGAAAUCGGGACGAAAUUCUUGCUCUUCACUCGAUUGAACCCGUCUCGACCCCAGAUGUUGCAUUAUUCCAACCUCACCUCCACGAAUCCCUUGCUCUUCAACACAUCCAAGGACUCCAUCGUGAUCGUACACGGAUUUGGAAGUAGCUGCAGUCAUCACUGGGCCGUGGAAAUGCGGACUGCCAUCCUCGCUCAGGUUGACAGCAAUGUCAUGUGCGUGGAUUGGGAGAAAGGAGCGGGGUUACCGAAUUACGUAAAAGCUUCGGUGAAUACUCGUCUCGUCGGGAAGCAACUUGGCCUAUUUAUCCAAGUACUUGGAAGGCAUUUGAAUUACACGGCUGAUCGAUUCCACAUAAUUGGAUUCAGCCUCGGCGCUCACGUCUCCGGUUUCGCCGGUACCCAUCUCCAGGAACUGGAGGGACAGAAUCUCACUCGAAUCACAGACUUGUUUGGAGUGCAAGGCCAAUUUGUAUGUGGUCUGCUUUUGACAGGUUUGGAUCCGGCGGGUCCCCUAUUCGAGAGCUACGAGAAUGCAGCUCGGUUGGAUUCCGGGGAUGCGAGUUUCGUGGACGUGAUUCACUCGAAUGGGGAUAGCCUUAUCAUGGGGGGAUUGGGGUCUGCCACCCCCAUGGGGGAUGUGGACUUCUACCCCAAUGGGGGAAGGGUUCAGAAGGGAUGCCACAACCUCUUCGUCGGUGCUGUCACUGACUUCAUUUGGUCUCGAGAAUCGGAAGGGCGAAGUCUUUGCAACCAUCGAAGGGCCUACAAAUUCUUUGCCUAUUCUCUGGCUCCUCAAUGCCCCUUCCCUUCCUUCGUCUGUGAAUCCUACGAGAAAUUCCUGGAAGGGGAGUGUUUCCCUUGCGGAGCGGAUUGGACGGACUGUGGCAACAUGGGAUACUACGCCAACGUGGCCAGGGGUAGAGGUACCCUCUAUCUCGUCACCCGGGACACUGAACCCUUCUGCGGGAACCAGUACAAGGUCACGGUAGAGAUCUCUUCGGAGCAGGAGGCGACGUAUGGAAGACUGGAGGUGAUCAUCCUGGGUGCACAUAAUUACAGCGAAACUUUCCCUAUCACUUGGAAAGACGACGAGGAAAUCGUUGGGGGGGAGAGGGUGGUGAAGAUCAUCGUGCCCCACCCAGCCAUUGGAGAGGACUUCAUCGUUCAGAUUCGAUACAUCGCCUACAAGGGCUGGAUCUACAACGGCAAACCCGCACUCUCCAUUCACAAUAUCCACAUGAUGGAUUCAUACGGGAAAAGCAAGGGACAUUGCAGUAAGGUGAACUUGCUGAAUGAAAUCCCUCAUCCCCUGUUAUUGACGCAAGGCAGUUGCACUUAUCCACCUUGGAGCACUUCUCCGCCUUCUCCUGAUGAGGGAUACCUUGAGACGAAUCGAAUCCAACGUUUCUUCUCGACGUCGUCGAGUGACGAUGGGAACGGACUGGCUUACAUGAACGUUGGCCCUGUGUUGCCCCCGGCCCAUCCGGCCUUUUAUCCCAAGGGCAAAUUCCCAGAAUCUGCCAUCGUCCUCAUCCCGGCCCCCUCCCUCGUCGAGGAGCCCCCCAAGGUGGACAGCCCGAGGCCAUCGUAUUUCCUCCACCCCUUCCCAGCCCGCCGCCCCCACCCUAUCAUGUUGAAACCCCCCCAGUCUCGACCGAAGCUCAUGCCCAUCGCAAUCACCACCACCACCAUCAUGCCAGCCAUCGGCACCCCUUUGACCACUUCCACGACCACCGUAUCGCCCAUUAGAAAUUCAGAUUCGUCGAUGCCCACCGUGGCUCCUUCCACCACUGCCGUCGCCUUGUCUUCGACACCGUCCCCUCCCAAUACGACUAGUGAAGUGAUGUUAUCUAGGACCGAAGCAAAAAUUACAAAAAAUAACGAAACCGAUGAAGCCCAGGAGAUCCCGGUUUAUCGGUUACUCCCGGUUUCGCGUAACCGGGUCCUGAAUCUCCAGGAUUCUCCCAGGCGGAGUUCCUCGGAGAGCUCCGUUUCCAGAGAGACCAAUUACCUUCCCAGGCCUCAAGGACGGUCCUUGACCUUCGCUCACGUGGACUUGAAUCAACUGUCGGCUCGGCAGGCCCAAGCCAGUGCUUCGGAGGAGAAUUCGGAGAGUGCUGGAGACCGGUACUUGCAGGGUCGGAGAAUGCACGGUGGGAUGGGACCCGGGGCGUUUCCACGGGGAGCAAGACGGCUUCAUCAUCUACCUCCGAACCCCCUCAUCAUCCCAGCACAUUCCUACGAUUUCCAGUAUCGAUACAUUCCCAUCCACACUUAUCGAAACUGGGCUCCCCAUUCACAUAUAGUGCCUAGAGCACGGGGAUGA